UAGGAGGGCUUUAUGGUGGUGGAAAAAAGACAACUCGAGAAAACAUUGUAAUUUCUACCUUCAUAAAUUAAUGGCCAUGAGUUCGUAUAUGCUGAACUCUAAGUAUGUGGACCCACAAUUUCCCCCUUGUGAGGAAUAUUCGCAAAAUAGCUAUCUACAUGAGCAGGGAAGAGGCUACUACGGUCCAUCGCAGGACCCAGAUUUGCAGCAUCCAGGAAUCUAUCCACGGUCAAACUACCCCGAGCAGCCCUUCAGUUGUACCACUGUGCAUAGUCCUACAGUAGAGCCACGGGGUCAUGUGCAGGGGCGAGACAGCCACACUAGCACUUUUACCGCACAGACCGAACCGUGUACCCCGGUCCAAGUGACUGGACCCCGGACUUGUGGUCAGCAACAAAACACAAAGAAUCAAAACGGGAUACAAGCCAAGCAGCCUGCAGUAGUUUACCCCUGGAUGAAGAAAGUCCACGUAACUACGGUAAACCCGGAUUACACAGGACCUGAACCCAAACGGUCUCGGACAGCUUAUACAAGACAGCAGGUUUUGGAACUGGAAAAAGAAUUUCAUUUUAACAGGUAUCUGACCAGGCGGCGUCGCAUAGAGAUUGCCCAUAUACUCGUUCUCUCCGAGCGUCAGAUCAAAAUCUGGUUUCAAAACAGAAGAAUGAAAUGGAAAAAAGACCACAAACUACCGAACACAAAGGGAAGAGCUGCUUGUGCUUCCGGCCAACAGUUACCAAGUAUCCAGAAGGAUAACCAGACUGAUGUCACAACUUUCUAAGAUGUGAAAACUUUGACCGUUCAAUGAAUUGUAUAUAACAUCCUAUAUUAUACAAGUGACUUUGCAUGGUCUCAAAACAUGACAUUUUGGUCAUUGUGAUUUAACGUACAAUAGUUAUAUAAUGUCAGUUACAGUCAGAAGGUACCCUCGUUGUGUUGGCUCAUUGAAUUGAGUCAAUUUCCAACAUUGUAACUGAACUGAGAAGCGUUUCAUCACUACAUGCUUAACAUGCUUCGAAGAGGUAUUGCAGAUCGAAAUAAAUUUUAUUAGAGAUGUUUUCUGAUUAUACUCUUCUCGCUGAUUCUAUAAUGUCACUCUUCCCACGUGCACCACAAAAGUCAGAGUAAGGCAUGAACAUGUAUAUAUUUAUUUAAAAAAAAUAAAACAUACGUAAAAUGAUGUGAAGCUUUUGUACACACUUUAAUUAGAAAUUGUGUUGUGAUGAAAUCGAACUAUUAAGACAAAUAAUAUUUGAUUCAUAUGAUUGCUAAAAAAAAAGAAAAGGUAAUUGCUGCAUCAGUUGAUCUAUACAUAAUUUUCAGACAAGUGACAAUAUGUAUUACUUUAAUAUAGGCUAGCUUAAAGAAACUAUUGAACUCGUAUUUAUGGGCGCUAACUGGUUGAAUUUUUUUGUUUAACGUUUUAAAAAAACUUUUAUACAAUAAAGCUUUUAAAAUGGCGUUAAAUUCUAUUGAGAAACAAAACAUUCCAGUGUGCAGACUCUACCCAGGGCCCGUAUUCAGUUAUAAAUCUCUUUGGACAUCUUUGUAAACAGUGUACAUUUAAAGCGGGUCUCACACAUGGCAUCUGAAACUAUAUCAUGACUUUGUCUUGUUCUUUGCAUCGAAUGUAUAUUUAUUUAGAUGCUUCACUAUUUUCUAUUUUGAUCAAAACGAACAGAACAUUAUUAAUAGUAUAUAUUAAAUGUUAAGCACGUUGAGGGAUAUAAAUACGUGUAACAACCCUAUGUUUCCCCUAUUCUUAUUCAACAACAAUUUGUAAUAUAGACAUUACAUUUAUUACAUUUCUUUAUGAGUAUUUAUUUAAUUAAAUAGUUGUACAUUUCCUUAUUAAAACCCACAACAGUUCGAAACAUAUUUGAGCAACGAACGUUUUAUUGUAUGCAAUCUGUUUACAAAUGUUAUGGAUUAUUAGCAAUGAUCUCACAUUUUCUUAUGCAGUGUUGAAAUGCAGUAUUAAAAUGUUUACUCUGGCAUUGAUUUAAACCAAACCUAGCCACACAGGCAUUCAUGUCAUGCCUCAAGACAGAUAUUCUUAUUGUUCCUAUCAUUGUCCUCGUGACAAAAAGCGAAGACGGCUUGCAUUGCGAAGAUGUCUUCCCUCUGAAGAGUCUUCACGACGAGAAGUUGAAAAGGUAUUUCAACUGAAGUUCGACAAAAGCUCCAGAGGCAGGUUCAACCAGAGGACAGUGUUUCUAUAGCCUUAGACACAUUUCAGCCGCGAGGAGUGACCUCUGAACCCUUAACCCGUUGGACCUAUAGUCUACUUGUCUCACUGGCGCUAUUCGCAUGCAGUUUUUCAUUAAAUACAUUUUGUACUUUAGUAUUAGAAUAUGGAACGCGUAUAUAACCUGGUUAAACAUGCCACGUUUUAAAGCCUAUAUUUAUUCUGCGAGAUGUAACUCAAAUGGUACUGGUUGCACGUCACGCCGUGUUAAUAUGCAAUCCUGGCUGACCUUUUUUGUAUAUCCGCUUUUUUUUGUCUGUAUAUACAUGCGAAACGUUUUAAUGGGAAAAUAGAGAUUGUUCCAUGAUAUGCAUUGUGGUGGCACAGAGCACUCACAUUUGUCAAUAUAUUUCUGUAUCAAGUAUUCCGAGGUUCUUUACAAAAAUGUCUGUCAUUGCCAUCAAUGCUUGAUUUACACAAAGGUUGACACAUCUCACAGAUUGAGAUAUUUAUUUUUACCCUUAUUGUGCUUGUUUGAGAGAAGAAGAAAAAAAUAUAUGGCAUUGUUGGAUGACAAUGUGACAAAGUUCAGUUUUAUAGCAAGAAUCAUCAAAUGUCCCCUUAACCACACCAAUGUUAGUCAGUGCCAUAGAUUUCGGGAAUUUUAAUGUGGUCCUAUCCAAACCAGUCAAGGAACUGUUAGCAAAAUCGUAGGCUCAGUGUGAUUAUAUUUGUGACCAUGCUUGGAUUAAAACCUGUAUCACUUGAAUGCUUGUCUGCUUCUUUCUGUGUGUGUUUCUGUGUGUGUGUUUUGUUUCUUUGUGUGUGUGCGUGUGUUUGUGUGUGUGCGUGUGUUUGUGUUUGUGUGUGUGCGUGUGUUUGUGUGAGUGCGUGUGUUUGUGUGAGUGCGUGUGUUUGUGUGAGUGCGUGUGUUUCUGUGUGUGUUUGUGUGUGUGCGUUUGUGUGAGUGCGUGUGUUUGUGUGUGUGCGUGUGUUUGUGUGUGUGCGUGUGUUUGUGUGAGUGCAUGUGUCUUCUCCUCCUCCGCCCGCUCCUUUAUAAGCUUCGUGUCACUCUCAUCAGGCCUUUACACUGAUACCUAUUCAUCUUCCGUUUUCCACUACAUAGAUGUCAGUGUACAAGCAAUGUGCGCAUGUCAUGUCAUAGCAAAUGAAAGAAAACUGUACCAAAUGAUGCAAUAAUAAACAACAGUUCUACAUGCAAACCAUGUUGUUAUACGUGUGCAUUCUUAAGACUACCAUAAUGGAUU